AUUGAAAUACCGGCUGUUCCUGGGCACAAAGUACCGGUACUUAAUACCAAUCAAACCUUCUGGCUGUGUGUUUGUAAAUGGGAUAACACCGCGGAAUAUUAAGAGCCUAAUUUACUUGGGUCUAUCUGAAUGCUGGUACUACAUCUUCAUUAACUGCCGCAUCAAAUAGGAUUAGGAACAACGAAUCCGUGACCGUCAAAAACUAUCCUCCCUGAAAGAUGUCAUCAGAAAAAGGGCUAAUCAAUAUACCGCAUUCCAUAUAGUCACUCUGGCGAUUUUUAAAGCCAUUUACUUGAUUUUAUUGCCGAUGGAUUUUCAGAAAAUACAUAUUUUUUCGAUAUUGGUGUAUCGAAGCGAGGAAUGGAACUCGUUCUUAAGAGGACAACGAUUUAACGGACAGCAGACCUUCUAAUUGACGGUCGCUACGUAACGCUACUGGAGAAGUUGUAUUAUUGUCGUAUGAAUGCUUUUGCCAAUUGUGCAGUACUCGAGUGUUGACUUCGAGCGAUCGAUUACUUAUCAUAUAUCGGAUACUCACACGCCACACCUGGCUUGUUUUCCCGGGUUAAGGAAGGAAUGAUAUCUAGGUAGGAUUUGUUACCAAAGAUAGUGAUGUCAAAGAAUGUUCUCACAGACUCAAAGCCAACACGACGAAAAAACAAGACCAAAUUGAAACUUUCCUGGGACACACCCACAAAUGAGGAGCGAAUUGCACAUCAAAUUGAUCAGUUCAUAGGCGAGGUUAUCGAGAGCGCCAAACAGGAAUACCUUGAGCAAGAGCGCCCAAACAGCUUAAAUGGACACUGCGGAAUAUACCUCAAUCACGACUUGAAGGAAGAGAUGAUAGAACUGACAACAAGAGAAAUUACAGACAGCCACGAAGACAUAGAUGACUAUAAUAUUAACGAUAACCAGACGUAUCAGCGCCACUCCUCAGACGACAACAGAUACCAGGGCGACCACGGUCCGGCCAGAACCAAUCGAGCGGCAGAGUUAGACGAGGGGAAUCCCCUGUUAGCAGGCAAUGCCCACAUGCCAAAAAGGAGGUACCUACGCUUAUUACAAAGACACAUACUGAGAAUGUGCUGUCAGUGCGCUUGUCUCGUAAAUAGCAAUGACUUCACAUAGCAAAUUUCACUAAACUGUGUCAUCUCAUAAAAUAACACUACCCUAGAUAGAUGUUUCAAAAUAUACGUGUACAUGUAUUGUUCAGCGUUCCAAAUUAAAGUAUUCUAGAAAUAAAA